AUGGACGAGGAGGAAGAUGAUGAGGAGGAAGAGGAGGAUGAGGAGGAUGCGGAGGAGGAGGACGCAGAGGUGGGAGAGGAGGAAAAAGAUGAGGAUGAUGAUAAGGAGGAGGAGGAGGAGGAGGAGGAGGAGGAGGAGGAGGAGGAGGAGGAGGAGGAGGAUGAGGAGGAGGAGGAGGAGGAGGAGGAGGAUGAGGAGAAGGAGGAGGACGACGAGGAUUAG